AUGGCGCGCUGUAAACCAGAAGGCGGGUAUGAGAACCCCGCUAUUGGUCUUUGGGCCAUCGGAUGCGCCAUGCAGUUGGUCUCUGCGCUUAUCCUUGUGAUGCUCGCGUCCUCGCUGCAGUCGAUCAAAGAUGUUGUCGACGAGGACGGAUCGCCAGAAAUCAAGAAUGUGAGAACUAGUGUGUUUGUUGGUCUGGCUAUCGCGCAGUUUGUCACGUCGGUGCUCUUGAUGAUAGUCGUCAUAGCCGGGUACUUUAUUUCUCGAUGGUUUCUUGUCUUCUCCUUGUUUGCUGGCUUCCUUGCGGAAGCCGCCUCCGUGGCGAGCUCCAUCCUGUGUGGAAUGAUUUUGACUGGGAUAGCUGACAAGAACACCUACGCUCUCGAGUAUGUGCGAAGUGGGAGCAGCCAACAUUUGCUUCCGAUUCUUGAUUACUCCGCAGAGUUUGGCAUGCACUACCACGGAAUGAUCGUUGCCUUCGGCGUGCUAAGCCUUGCCUCGCUUGUCCCCUUCUCGCGUGCUCAGUCGAUGCCCCCCAAUGCACGUGCCAUGGAAGCCAUGGUCUUCAUCUCUGGAGCGGCGAUCGCCUCGGUCACAGCAGGCGUAUUUCUGCUUCAGAGCAAGGGCCUGUCAUCGGAUAUUACUAUAGGCAUUCUGUGGAUUGCUUCUACAGCCCUUGCGUUGGUGUUCGUAUCGCUGCAGAAGGUCUGCUUGCCACGACUCAUGUCGAUAGUCCUUGCUAUCAUCUUUGUGCUUCUCAGCAUUUUUGCCAUAGUAUCCACGAUCGUGUGCGCAAAUGAGUUUGUGAAGCAGAAGAGGCUCUUCGCUUCCUCGCUUUCAAUCCCGCAGUCGCAGAUUGUGCCCUGGAUUCAGGGGCUUCCGGAGGAAGACUACAAGAUUCUGAAGCGUGCCAAUGAAUCAGCGGACGGACUGUACUUCCUAGUCACUGCUGCUUUGAGCUCUUCAGCGUUCAUCUUCUUCGUUUUUUCAGCAAUGGCAUCGUUUCGCAGUGUCUUCGGACCCUCUAGGGCUGAGAAACUUAUGUCGAGGGACAGCGCCGAAGAAGCGAUAGAAGCUCGGGAAGAACGUGAGGAGAACCCGUGA